AACGGUUUGUAGAAAAUCAUUCGAAGAUAUCCUUCCAAAGAAUCAACAACCAUAAACAAAAUGUUUAAAUUAGUGCUUUUCAUUGCUUUCGUGGCAGUUUCUAACGCUGACGUCGCGUUUUUAAGAAAUAAUCAAGGACCCCAAUUUCGUAUUUUACGUCAAGAACAGAAUGUAGAUCCAUCGGGAAGUUACAAAUGGGCUUAUGACACCGAAAACGGAAUCGCCGCCCAAGAAGAAGGUCAUCUCCAACAAAGCCGUACCUCUCAAGAAGCUGGAAUCGCCGCUCAAGGAUCGUAUAGUUACACUUCUCCUGAAGGAAUUCCCGUUGCGAUUUCAUAUAUUGCUGACGAGAAUGGUUUCCAACCACAGGGAAAUGUCCUUCCAACACCACCACCAAUUCCAGCUGCGAUUCUUAAAUCUUUAGAAUACAUUAGAAGUAGUCCUCAACCAACCGGUCAACGAAGAUUUUUUAAUUAAUCUCGAAUGAUGUGAUUCUUUUUUUUUAAAUACAAUAUAUAUAAACCUAA